CCUGCAGUGGGCCGCUCCCCCUUCUUUACCGCCCACUUUGGUUGAAGCCAAAACAGAACAUCAUGGCGAUUGAUGGUGGCGAGCGUAACUGUGGAGUACAUGAGCUGAUCUGCGUCAGAAAAGUUUCUCCAGAGGUUCUGGGGUUUCUGACAGCCAUCGGACUCUUCAUCAUCCUCAUGACCUUCCUCUUCUGGUACCUCAACAACAAGCUGGCACUAGAGAACCCAGGGAGCCUGCAGUGCCUUGAUGACUUCAGGAAAAACACCGAACUACAGGACAAGGCCUACGCUGACGCCGACCUGCAGGGCUCAUCAUCGGACAGCGAGGAUGAACUGAUGGGUCAGUAUCAGGAAGCGGUCAGCCGCUCUCAAGGCCUCCGGGGAGGAGCCAAGGCAGCUUCUAACGCCAAACACACCGGAGGUUUCAGCUGGGAGAGCCGGCAGAAGUACAGCCCUCUGACUGCUGAUUAUGACGGCUACAGCAGUGAAGCCUCGGCUGAUGAUGCCAACUGCAUCCAGCGGAUGAGACGAACUCCACCACUGGAUGAGCUUCAGCCACCGCCAUAUCAGGAUGAGAAUGGCUCUCCGAGGAUGUCCUGCACUCUAUCAGACCUGGGCGACGCCAAGUGUGAUCUGUCCCAGACCAGCGGCAGUCCCCACCUUUCCUUUGGCAAGUGUCCCAGUGAGGGCAGUGACGGCCAUGAAACUGAGAGUUACCUCAACAAGGGCUACGAGGAGGAUGUACCCAGCGACAGUACAGCUGUCCUCAGCCCAGAGGACAUGUCAGCUCGUGGAUCAGCGGCACAGCUCCCUAAAGGUUACGAACCAGAUCCUGUCGCAAAAUACGGCACCCUGGACAUUGUGUUUGACUACGACUCAGAGGAACAGCAGCUGGCUCUGACCAUCAUGGCGGUAACUGACCUUCCUGCCCUCAAACGCACCGGUAACAUCUCCUGGCAAGUCCACCUGGUGCUCCUGCCCACCAAGAAGCAGAGGGCGAAGACAGGCAUCCAGAGAGGCCCCUGUCCCAUCUUCACGGAGACCUUCCGCUUCAGCCAUGUGGAGUCAGAGAUGAUCAGCAAUUACGCCAUCCGAUUCCGCCUUUACAGUAUGCGUCGGAUGAAGAAGGAGAAGGUGCUCGGGGAAAAGGUGUUCUACCUCACCAAGCUCAACCUUCAGGGCAAAAUGUCUGUGCCGGUCAUAUUAGACCCAUGCUGUGUGCUCCCGGGCGGUGAAUCCCAGGUCAGCCUCUCAGACAUGACAUGCAGUGAAAGCGCCUCGUCAUUCCAGUCAGUCAGUCAGACUUCCACGCCAGAGAUCCUGGUGGGCCUGGUGUACAACGCCACGACAGGACGUCUCUCUGUGGAAGUCAUCAAAGGCAUCCAUUUCAAAAACCUAGCUGCCAACAAGCCACCCAACGGGCUGUUCUGUUGUCUAAAACACUUGAUAGGUGGACAGGUUUAUAUUAUCAGAGAUACUUAUGUUAAGCUGACCUUACUCAACUCCAUGGGCCAUGAGAUGUCCAAGUGUAAGACAUCCAUCUGUCGAGGUCAGCCCAACCCGACCUACAAAGAGACAUUUGUCUUCCAGGUAGCUCUUUUCCAGCUAUCGGACGUCACGCUCAUCCUGUCCGUCUACAACAAGCGCAGCAUGAAGCGUAAGGAGAUGAUUGGUUGGAUUUCCCUGGGCCUCAACAGCUCUGGAGAGGAGGAGCUCACCCACUGGACUCAGAUGAAGGAGUCCAAAGGACAGCAGGUUUGCCGCUGGCACAGUUUGUUGGAGUCCUAACAGCGACGGAAGAGUAAGUCGAUAAAAUGGGUGAGGGCAGCUGCACAGAGCUGUUGUCAUCCCAGAUGGGCAAGAAGUGGAUAAGGGAGAGGAGUGUGACAGUUGUCUGGUGAACCGGGGUCAGUGGUGAUGAAGAGAAAGAGACAGAACCACGUGUCUGCACUCUGCCAUAAACAUUUUCAUGGUACCGUUAGCUAAAUCACUGACAGCUGUUGAUUAGUAGUAUGACUAGUAAUGCAAUGUCACUAUUUUCAUGGAUUGCCUUGUAACAACCUUUAAGUUUCUGUAGGUGCCACUUGUUUGUCCACUGAACUGGUUGAGUUGGGGCUCGCUCCAAGAAGCUGGUUCUGGACAACACUGUUGAGUAACUUGUUGCCCGGUAGUUUUGUGUAAUCACACCUCCAGCUUUACGUUUUAAUUAUUGUUUCCCAUUCAGCGUUCUAUUAGAUUUUUCUGGCUAACGUAUGUAGAACAAAUUUUUGUCAGGGAUCCAGACGUUGAUAACAAAAAAUAGCUCCUAAUUCACAUAAAAUGUAUGUUUUCUUGUAGAGGUUUCACCAUCACUGUUAAAGGCAGUCACUUUCUAACUGUGAACCGUGACUUCCUACAAUAAGACGACAUUCUGGAGCAUAUUCAUGAUCUUGCCGGAGUAAUUUACUAUUGCAGCCAGUGUUCAUCUGCGUUUGAAUCAGAGACAGAGGACAGCUGUGUGUCGUAGAGCAGUGUUGCACUAUCAGAAAAUAUUUUAGUUGACGGGACUAAUGUCCAGGAGCCUUCUAAUGAGCUAAAAUGUUCCUUCAGCCCUUUGUUGUCAUAUUGACAUAUAAAUCAUUAUAUCAUUUAUGAACUGAUUUACCAUGCCAUAUUUUCACACAAUACAAAAUCAUGAUGUUUAACAACAUUUUAAGGAAGACUUGUAUUUUCAAAUUGGACGUCUUCACUUAUAUAAAUUCUCAUUGAACUUAUGUUUUUCAGGUGUUUCCUUUUUCUUUAGUGUGUAAUAGCUGUUUUUUCCAUUUAAAAUGUUUGCAACCUUGCCCACACCACAGAGAAAAUACUCCUACUUACUACUACUUUCUGCCUUCACUCUUAGAUCUAGGGUUAAGGGUUAGGGUUAGGAUUACCUAUCUCGACCCAGCUGACCAAUCAGAGCCAAGCUGGGCUUUUUGGGAGCGGUUCUGAAAGAGACUGGAGGUAAAACGCAGCGUUUUAUGUAGAGGCUUAGAAGAGGAGCUGGAGCAAUAUACAGUAUGAGAAAAGUGAUGUUUUUCAGCAUUAAUGCAUCUAAACAUAUUCAAGGAGACCCCACAAAUACAAUUAUGAACCUGUAAAUUUGAGUAAUAUGGACUCUUAUAAUAACGUGGGACUUCAUCAUCAAUUCAUCUAUCACAAGAUUUACUCUGUGGCUUCAAGCUGUGUCCGCCACAAUAAAGGAAGGAAACCCAAAAAAAAAGUUUGCAAAUUUUUUUUUUUUUUUUUAAAUUUUGGUUGUAAAAUAGUGGGAAUAAAAUAUGCAUCUUACAAUGGAUUAAAAUGCAGAAAUACAAACCCUUGAGCAGGAAGUUUUGGGGGUUAAAUUGACUUUGAAACUUCAUUUAAGCCCUGGUUGCUACUUACCAGCACUUCAAACAAAACAAUACCCACACAGUCCUGAAGAGUUUACUGAGAGUGAUCAACUGCUCAUAAUUAUCAACAAAAUGCCAUUCUGUCCUAUUUUAUAGCAAUUUCCCUGUUACAACAGUGGACAGAAAUACAUUGCCCAUGGCAUCACUGCAGUUCUCUACUUAGCUCUUGAAUUUCUCCAGAUGUUGUUAAAGUGAGAGGUGUGGCUACACAAAGCUGUCUUCACUGCUCAUGCUAAAUGCACUUAAUGUUACGUGUUAAUCACAGUCAAAUCAUUGUUUUUGAGCUAGAAACAUGCAACAUGUCACUUCAUCCAUCCAGGGAAAACAUUAGUGGGAGUUUCAUAACCUGAAUAUGGAUAGUGUAAAGGUUAAAUCUUAGCUAAAGUUUAAUCUACCACAUCCCAGUGUGUCUACUGCGAACGUUUUGCAGUUAUCUGUUUCAUUUAAAUGUGCAGAACUCUGUGGGGAUGGAGGGAAGAUGGAAGAUACGUACUCCGCCAAGGAACGCGGCAUGGUUAUGUGAUGAUCGGUGUAAGUCUGUCUGUUUGUGCACAACAUUCCUCAAAAAUGGAUUUGGAUGAAAUUUUCAGGGAAAGUCAGAAAUGACACAAGGACCACCCCAUUAGAUUUUGGCAGUGAUGCGAUUUAUUGUCUGGAUCCAUGGAUUUGUUAAAGAUUUAUGUAUCAUUGCAAGAUAGCAUCACAGCGUCACUGUAACUAUGACAAGUGAACGCUACGUCAGCUGCCUGCUGAUGAUCACAUGAUUGCGAUCCUACUACGAAUCGACCACUGCGGACUUAUUUGGAUUUAUCUGUCGAAAAUGAUACAAGGAACAAUUGAUUAAAUUGUGGGGGUGUUUCUGAAUUCCAUCAAUUCCCGUCAUUCCCUACAUAUUUAGGUUACAUGAUCAGUUUCCAUACAUAACAUACACAUGCACAACACACGACUGUGCUCAGUACAAGGUCAUUUUUUAUUAAAGAUUUCAUCCGUCGGAAAUGAUAGAACAACUGAGCAGCCUUGGCGGAGUACUGCACUCUCUGAGUGCUUUUCUUGUUUAGUCAGCAAUGACUUAUAGGACAACUAAAAGACAGCAACCAAUCUGAACAUGUAGGAAGGUCAGAUGAAUUGAAAUUACUACAUUUUCACGAGUUCCUCUCUUGGUCGACACUGCCGAGGUAAAACCACAGUCUGAAGCUCAGCUUAAGUAAACAGAACAACUGCUCAAUAACUUCAGUCAUGUUUGCCAGACAAAUAACCUGACAUCACUGACAGCAGAAGUGCCAUGACUGAUGUUGAGAUAAGGUUCAGCAGUCAUCUCUCCGAAGAAAUAAGCAUCUCACGUUGUCACAUAUUUCUGGAGAAUGAACCGACAGACUGAGAUAUGUUAUAUAUAGAAAAGUGUCGUAGUUACUGUGGUGGUUUUGUGAACUUGACUUUCCAUUCAAAAGUUACAAUGUCAAAGAAUUUUUUAAAGAAACUUAAGUCACCUUUUUGAAUAAAAAAUAUCUCUUACAUGACAGUUAACAGGUGAGAAGUAAACCUACCUGUUACCCUCUUUUAAUGCUCUGGUGCUAUAUAAGAGCUGUGGCUGCAGAAGCCCUUGCCUUAUGGUUUUAGUCAGUUCAUAAAGGUCUUUAAGUGGACCCAGUUCAAAAACAGACACAGACACACCCUGAGAGCACACAGACCUGCAUCCAUAAUUACAGAAAGCACACACUGGUGGGAAUUCAGACUGUGAGAAGUGAGAUGAUUUAACCGGAGACGCAGCGUGCAUCGAAAAACAGGAGGAACAGGCUGCAUUUUUAGCUGUGGCCACUUUCUCACUUCACUUCAUUUACAGACAACAGAAAAUACAUAUGCUCUUUACUGUGCCUGUGGUUGUGGUGAAAGCUAGCUUUGUGCAGUUUACCAAAUGUGUGUGUGUGUGUGUGUGUGUGGGUGUGUGUUGACUGGAGAAGGUACAGUAAAGGGAGUGUAGGGGGGCUGUGAUACAGGUAGUUGUGGCAUUUUCUUGUUGGGUGUGACAGUUUUUGAUUUUAGUUACUGGUAAUUAGAACAAAAUAACCCACUUCUUGAUUGUCUGGCAUAUACUUUAUAUUAGUAAAUGUUUUCUUAUCUAUUUUUGUAUUAAUAAUGGGGGACAAAUUUGUGUCAAGACAGUUAUUAGUGAGUGAAAUGUUCACCCUCCCUGUGAGCAGUACUGUUCUGGAUCGCUGCUUUUUAUUAAUUCAGUUUAUGUAUCAAGAAUAGAACAUGUCUUAGAGCUCAGGUCUCAUUCACGUUUCCUUUUCUCAAACCAGAGAGGGAUGUGAUGGAGACCGGCAGAGCUCAUCUCAAAACAAUCUGUCAAGACUUUUCAGCUUUGAUGCUUUCUAACAGUGUGAAACAGAAGCACAGCCUGUACUGCAUAAAAGUGAAAUACACCAUGUGAAAGACAGCCUGGCAGUCAGCUCAUUUGUACAUGUGGAGAUAAAUCUCCUAAUGGGGAUCCAAACUUGUGGUAUUUGGCAUCUUUUUCUUACCACAUCAACCUGGAUCUUUUGAUUUGACUUUAGUAAAUGAAUUUUUGUGUGACAUUUGAUUAUCUGUGAUGAAGGACCAUUGGUCCUGUUGAAUCAACAGAAGAUGUGAGAAGAUAUUAAUAACUAAGAAGUGCGAUCACAUGUCAGUGGGUGUCUGAUGGCAGCCGCUCACUGUUCAAACAUGCCUGAAAAAAAAUGUUUUUCCCAGAAAUAUAAUUAUGCUAGAAAGAACUAGUAGCUGAAAACCUAAUGGAAAAGGAAGCUUUAUUUCCUAACAGCACACCACAUCCUGUAAUUCAUUCUACUGGUGUUUUAAAUGGUCCUGCUGCAACAUACGGAGGCCAAAACAGCACAGAAAGAUGUAAAAACUGAACACUAUGAAAUAAAUAUAUAUACUACCGUUCAAAAGUUUGGGGUCACUUAGAAAUGUCCUUAUUUUUGAAAGAAACGCAUUUUUUUCAAUGAAGAUAACAUUAAAUUAAUCAUAAAUACAGUCUAGACAUUGUUAAUGUGGUAAAUGACUAUUGUAGCUGGAAACGGCUGAUUUUUAAUGGAAUAUCUCCAUAAGGGUACAGAGGAACAUUUCCAGCAACCAUCACUCCUGUGUUCUAAUACUACAUUGUGUUAGCUAAUGGUGUUGAAAGGCUGAUUGAUGAUUAGAAAACCCUUGUGCAAAUAUGUUAGCACAUGAAUAAAAGUGUGAGUUUUCAUGGAAAACAUGAAAUUGUCUGGGUGACCCCAAACUUUUGAACAGUAGUGUAUAUGAAUUGGUGUGCUUUGAAUUCCCUUCCUAUAAAUUUUAGAUGAAGAUUGAUAAUUGUGUUUUAAAAGGUCCUGCUACCAAGUAUGGAAGACAAAAUGGCCAUAUAAUUUCAAUACUAAUAACUAAUAAAUUUACAAAUUUUGAAUAAUUUUAUUUGGAAAACUAUGAAUCAGUAUUGUUUGAAUUGACCUCUUAAAAAAUUAGACUUCAAGUUCUGCAACAUCAGAAACAUGGUUUUAUUGACUUUAGAUUGUACAGAUAUGAAACGCCAAUUGUGUCCAAUAUUCAAAAACAAAACAACACAAUACAACCAGUUUUUGGGUUGCUUAAAUUCAUCAGUUUGUUUUAGAGCCAACAUUUUCAGCAGAAAUUAAAAAAACAAAAAUGAGGUCUUUAAAAUUAGAUUCAGGCAAAAUUAAAACUCCAGAAUUUGUUUUAUCAGCUGUGUGAUCCAAGAAAGAAAAAUUCAGAUGAGCAACAGGAAACCCCGUACAUGUGAAUUUUCUGUUCGAUCUUGUGUUCCUUAAAAAAAAACAAAACAUAAAUUUAAAUUUCAAAGCGGGGGAUUUGAAAGCAAAAACAUUUUACUGCUCAAAUUUUGGU